UCCUCUGUCCCGUCUUCCCUCCGCUGGUUAAGGAUAGCCCUGAGAGAAAACCAUUUCUUAAGGAUUUUGGAAAAUUUAGCCUGGAGAAAGAGAGGCUGAAGGCAACUUGGAAACAGUUCUCACUUAAAAUGAGUGUACAUUGUAGAGGAAGGUGCUGACUGCCCUGCAAAUCCCCAGGCGGAGAGAGCAAAGAAGGCCUCGCACCUGGAUUCUGCCCCUGGGCUAAAUCGGCAACAUGAGCGGCAACAACUUGGAUGAGAAAGAUGACUUUGAUGAGCAGUUGCGAAUGCAAAAGUUGUAUGGAGACACUAAGGAUGGAGAUACCCAGAAAGAUCCCAGUGGAGAAACCGAUUCUUUCAGGCAGCAGCCAGAUGACACUCCCUAUGAGUGGGACCUGGAUAAGAAGGCUUGGUUCCCCAAGAUCACUGAAGAUUUCAUUGCUGCAUAUCAGGCCAAUUAUGGCUUUUCUGAUGAUGGUGUGUCUAGGUCUACUGCAAAUGUUCAAGAUGUUAGUAGCAGGCCUGCAGAGGGAACUCCUCAAAGAAAGACCUCAGAACCCAGUGAUCCCAAAAAUAGGGGAGAAAAGAGAAAGGCUGAGUUAGGAUGGUUUAAUGUUGAAGAAGACAGAAAUACAAAUGUAUAUGUGUCUGGCUUGCCUUCAGAUAUUACACUAGAUGAAUUUAUACAGCUCAUGUCCAAGUUUGGCAUUAUUAUGAGAGAUCCUCAAACAGAAGAAUUUAAAGUCAAGCUUUACAAAGACAAUCGGGGAAAUCUUAAAGGAGAUGGGAUUUGCUGUUAUUUGAAGAGGGAAUCUGUAGAUCUUGCACUAAAACUUCUGGAUGAAGAUGAAAUUAGAGGCCACAGAUUACAUGUCGAGGUGGCAAGGUUUCAGCUGAAGGGGGAAUAUGAUGCCUCUAAGAAGAAGAAGAAGUGCAAGGACUACAAGAAAAAGCUGUCUCUGCAACAAAAGCAGCUGGACUGGAGACCUGAGAGAAGGGAAGGUCCAUCCCGAAUGUGCCAUGAGCGAGUUGUCAUCAUCAAAAAUAUGUUUCAUCCCGUGGAUUUUGAGGAUGACCCAUUGGUGCUGAAUGAGAUUAGGGAAGAUCUUCGCGUAGAGUGUUCCAAGUUUGGACAAAUCAGGAAGCUCCUUCUGUUUGAUAGACACCCAGGUGGUGUGGCCUCUGUGUCCUUCAGGAAUCCAGAGGAAGCUGAUUACUGUAUUCAAACCCUUAACGGACGGUGGUUUGGUGGCCGACAAAUCACUGCCCAAGUGUGGGAUGGAACUACAGAUUAUCAGGUGGAGGAGACCACAAGAGAAAGGGAGGAAAGGUUGAAAGGAUGGGAUGCUUUUCUCAGUGCUCCCGAGGCCAAUAAAGGUCUUGGGUGUUCAAAUCUCAUCUGUGAUUCAGAAAGGGCAGGGCCUUCUAGGGUAAGGCAUUUUCCAGAGCUCCCUAGCUCAUCUAAAGUGAAGGCUCAAAAAGCUGCAACUCAACUGGAAUUCGAAGAACCUAUAGAUGAAAAGUUUGGAAAAACAAAGGAUGGGGUAGAAUUUGAAGAAGAUGCUAAAGAAAGUGACAUCAAGGGAGAGGCUGAAGAAUGCUACCCCCAAAAAGGAUCUGAAGGAAAGUAUAAGGAAGGCUGUCCCCAAAGAGAUCGUAGAGACUACCUUGAAAGAGAGUCUGGAGAAGGUAGUCCCAGAAAAGAGUUGGAAGAGGUUAGUCCUAAAAAAGAGUCUAAAGUGAAUGGCCCUGGAAGAGAACCCAAAAAGCAAUUAAAAAAGGAUUUUGAAGAGUAUGGCUUUGAAAAGGAGUCUAAAGAAGAUGGCCCCAACCUGGGGUCUGAAGAAGAGAAUAGCCCCCAAAAGGAGUUUGAAGAAAAUGAGUUGGAAAGAGAAUCUGAAGAACACUGCUCUGAAAAGCUGUUUGAAGACGGCCCUGAAAAAGACUUAGAAGAAAAUGGCCUCAAGAAAAAGUUUGAUGAGAAUGGCUCUGACAAGGAGUUUCAUGAAAAUGUGCUCGAAAAAGAGUUAGAAGAAAAUGACUCUGAAAAAUCAGAAUUUGAAGAUGACAACUCUGAAAAAGUGUUUGAUGAGGAAGGCCCUGAGAGAGACUUUUACGAAGAAUCAGAUGAAAUGGAAGGAGAAGGAGGUGCAUAUGAAGAAGUUUUUGAUGAGGAGACUGAUGAAAAAGAGGAUGAAGAAGAUGCAAAUGAAAAGGGGCUUGUAGAUGCUGAUGAAAAGGAGGAAGAAGAUGAGGCAGAUGAAAAGAUGUUUGAAUAUUCAGAUGAAAAAGAAGAUGAAGUAGAUGCAAAGGAGGAUGAAGAAGGUAUAGAUGGAAACAUGUUCAAAGAUGAUGAUUCCAAUGAGUUGUUUGUAGAGGAUUCCUGUGAGAAGUUGUUCGAUGAUUCUGAUGAGAAAGGGAUGGUGGGUGGUUUGGGGAAUGCUCAGGAAGAAGGGGCCCUGUCCAUAGGCAGCAGCUCUCUCCUCAGUAGUGAUGAUGAUGAUGAUGAUGAUGAUGACAUUUAAUCCCUUAAAUUUGCUUCUGUGGGAAAUUCCUCCACUACAUUUUGCCUAUGCUCUAGGGCAGUGGCUGGCAAA